AUGAGCCAAUACAAGCAAUUCGGUGUUGGAGCCCAAAAGAAGGGCUUCAGCUCAUUCUCUGUAUCCAGAAGCAGUGGAGGUUUUGGAGCUGCUGGUGGAUUUGGUGGAGCUUCCGAGGCUGGCGGUUCAGGCUUUGGUAGCAGAAGCCUAUAUAACGUAGGUGGUAGAAAGUCCAUUUCCAUCAGUACUGCCGGUGGCCAAUCAUUUGGAGCUGGAGCCGGGGGUUUUGGAGCAGGAUCUGGAGUUGGUGGUGGCUUUGGCGGUGGAGCUGGAGGAUUUGGUGCCUUUGGAGGCCCUGGAUUUUCAGGAGGAGCCCAAGCUGGCAUUCAGCAAGUUACAAUCAACCAAAGUCUUCUUGCCCCACUAAAUUUGGAGAUUGACCCAAACAUACAAAAAGUCAGAGUUCAAGAAAGAGAACAAAUCAAAACAUUGAACAACAAAUUUGCUUCAUUCAUCGACAAGGUACGUUUCCUUGAGCAACAAAACAAGGUACUUGAGACAAAAUGGACCCUUCUUCAAGAACAAGGUGGACAAUUUAAAGGAGUAGGAUCCCGAAAAGGAAAUAUUGAAGCUAUUUUUGAUGCAUACAUUACUAGCUUAAAAAGACAACUGGAUGCUCUCCAAAAUGAUAAGUUCAGACUGGAUGGAGAACUUAGAAAUAUGCAAGAUUUGGUGGAUGAUUUCAAAAACAAAUAUGAAGAUGAAAUUAACAAGAGAACAUCUGCAGAAAAUGAGUUUGUUGUGCUCAAAAAAGAUGUGGAUGCUGCCUACAUGAACAAGGUUGAGUUGGAAGCCAAGGUUGAUGCCCUGACUGAUGAAAUCAACUUCCUCAGGAGCCUUUAUGAACAGGAAUUAGCACAACUCCAAGCUGAAAUUUCAGACACCUCAGUCAUCCUUUCCAUGGACAAUAACAGAGCAUUAGAUCUGGACAGCAUAAUCGCUGAGGUGAAGGCUCAGUAUGAAGACAUUGCCAAAAAGAGCAGAGCAGAAGCUGAAGCUCUGUAUCAAGUCAAGGUUAAAGAAUUGCAAGCAUCUGCUGGUGAACAAGGUGAUGUCCUGCGCUCCACCAAGAAUGAGAUCUCUGAGCUAAACCGCAAACUUCAGAGGCUCCGAGCUGAAAUUGAAAAUGUGAAGAAACAGAAUGCUAAACUUCAGACAGCCAUUGCUGAAGCAGAAGACCGUGGUGAGGUUGUGCUGAAAGAUGCCCAUGCAAAACUGGCAGAAUUGGAGGUUGCUCUACAGAAUUCUAAACAAGAUAUGGCACGUCAGCUCCGUGAAUACCAGGAACUAAUGAAUGUCAAGCUGGCUUUGGAUGUUGAGAUUGCCACCUACAGGAAGCUGCUGGAAGGAGAAGAGACUAGGUUGUCUACAGACAGCAAUUUCAGCAUCUCUGUUGUCAGUGGAAAGACAAGUCUGGCAGCCGGUGGUGGUAGUGGUGGUAGUGGUGGAGCAGGUGGAAGCUUUGGCUUUGGUGCUGGAGCUGGAGGAUCUGCUGGAGGCUAUUUUGGAGGAAGUGGAUUCAGCUCUGGUAGCAGAGCAGGCUAUGGCAUCUCUUCUGGUGGUGGCGGCGGCAACAGCAGCGUGAGAUUUGUAUCCAGCCAGUCAAGCUACAGAAGUUAA